GGGGGUAUCACUGCAUGUCGCGAUAAAAACAAAGGCAAGCAGGUAAAGCACAGAAGUUUUGGAAGUAUUCUGCAGCAUAGCAGUCCUCUCUAGAAGUGCCUUGGCCUGCUUCUAAACCGAGCAAACCCUACUCACCAGGAAAUGUCGUCUUUCAGCGCCCUACGCUUCCAUGGCCGCUCAGACAUUCGCCUCGAACAGGUUCCCUCUCUACCAUGUGGCCCAGACGAGAUUCGCAUCCGCCCAGGCUUCUGUGGGCUAUGUGGAACUGAUUUGAAAGAAUUUACCUCUGGACCUAUCAUGUGUCCGCAGCCUGGCUCAUCACACGAACAGACCGGUGCUCGACUGCCUGUCAUUCUGGGACAUGAAUUCUCGGGCACUGUGGUUGAACUCGGCCCCAGCGUAUCUAAUGUCAAAGUGGGAGAUCGCGUGGCUGUCAUGCCUAACCUGGGAGAUGCACAGUUCGGGCUGUCCAAGUGUGCGAUGUGUGAGAUCGGCAGGAUCAAUCUGUGCACCAAGACUGCCUAUUACGGUCUCGACGCUUUGAGCGGAGGUUUCUCCGAAGAAGCAGUCGUCAAGGCCGCGAAUGCAUUCACACUCCCUGAUAACGUGCCCCUGGAUGUCGGCGCAUUGGUCGAACCCCUCUCUGUGGCAUGGCACAUGGUUCGCGUUUCGGGGUUUCAAGCAGGACAGGACGCUUUGGUGCAGGGUGCAGGUCCCAUCGGACUUGGCCUACUCCUGGUCCUCAAGGUCGUCGGCGCCAGACGCGUCGUGGUCAGCGAAGUGCUCGGGAAGCGGCGGGACCGUGCUCAAGAAUUCGGCGCAGAUGCCGUUAUCGAUCCCACAUCAUCAGGUUCAGAUGACACAGCGGGCAACUCUAACCCCGUGGUCGCAACCUGCCGUCAACUGACGCCGGGAAACCUGGGCGUGCACGUCGCCUUCGAUGCCUCGGGGCUCCAAUCGACCCUCGACACGGCCAUCGCGGCGACCCGGCCCGGCGGGACGAUGUUCAACGUGGCGAUCCACAGCAAACCGAUCCAGAUCAACCCGAACGACCUCGUGAUUCUAGAGAAAAAGUACAUGGGAGGCAUCGGCUACACGGCGGACGAUUUUCGCUCCGUGAUCUCGGCGCUGGAAAAGAACGCGGACUUUGCGGAGAAGGCGACCAAGAUGAUCUCGGGGACCGUGCCGCUUGAGGAUGCGGUCGAGAAGGCGUUCAAGGCACUGUUGGAGAAGAAGGAGGAUCAUGUCAAGAUCUUGGUCAGGGGAAGCCAGACUUAG